UUCACACGCCCGCGCCAUGCCGCUAGUCAGUUUCCACACUAAUUUCAGAAAGUGUGCACGUACCUAACUUUUGUGUGUGUUAUUUUAUAAAUUGUGUAAAGUUGUGUUGUGUCGUGUGUGUGGAUUGUUACGGCAUGGUGCAUCCGUACCAAAGCUUUAAGGUACAACACUAAUGUGUGUGGUCCGAGAAUGCGUGAGGAGGAGCUGGAGGUGGCCCUCAAGGUGGUCAUAGUGGGCGAUGGGGGUGUCGGCAAGUCCAGCAUGAUACAACGGUACUGCCGCGGCACCUUCACCAGGGAUUACAAGAAGACGAUAGGAGUGGACUUUCUGGAACGACAGAUUGAGAUCGACGGGGAAGAAGUACGGUUAAUGUUAUGGGACACAGCGGGUCAGGAAGAGUUUGAUGCCAUUACCAAAGCGUAUUACCGCGGAGCACAUGCCUGCGUUCUAGCAUUUUCUACCACGGACAGGGAUUCCUUUCUAGCCUUGCACUCGUGGAAACUUAAGGUGGAAAAUGAAUGUGGAGAGAUACCCACGAUAAUCGUACAAAACAAAAUUGAUCUAAUGGAUCAGUGUGUUGUUGGACCUGACGAAGCAGAGUUAGUAGCGCGCGCGCUGGGUUGCCGGCUCAUGCGCGCCUCCGUCAAAGAAGACGUGAACGUCGGCGCCGUGUUCCGUGCGCUCGCGGCGCGCUGCCUCGCUGACAUGCGACGGGAACACGCUGCUGACGUCACUGCACACGCUGUAACGCCUGUUAUAGGAACUUUCACAAACCACAACAGCAACGGAACGAUCUUAUUGCGUCCAGUGAAACAUCGGCCCGGCGGCAAAAAGAAAAAUGUCUUUAAAAAUGCAUGUCGGAUACUGUGAUCUUAUCGUUUUAUAAAAGAUAAACUGAUUACAUGGGCACAUUGAGAUAAUAUUACUACGUAUGGAGGAGACACCACGAACAAAAUCUGUGCGCCAUUUUUUGCUCUAA